ACAGGUAAUUUUUGUCCAGUCUAGGCCGAUUCAAAUCGAUAUCGUCCCUCUCCAGUCCUUAGCCCUAUUCCGGUGUCUAAGGCAUGCCCCCAUAAGUAAACUAGCCCCCAUCUAUUUUACAUUUCCUCUUUGAGAGAGAGAGAGAGAGAGCGCGCGAGCGCGAGCGAGCGAGCAUGAAUGAAUUCGCACAGCCGAUUCAUUAAGCUUGGCCUUGACACGAACCCGAUGGUUGCAACCCGGCUUCUCAACGCGUACGCUUCUUGUCAAUCUGCAAACGCAUUAUCACACGCCCACCAGUUGUUCGACCAAGUUCCUUCCAAAGAUAUUGUGCUAUGGACCUCCAUUAUCUCAGCCUACACUCGAGCUGGCAAUCCCCACAAAGCUCUCCAACUCUUCUCUCAAAUGAACCUUCAAUUCCCCCCAAUUCAAUCCAAUCCUUUCGUCUAUUCCAUCGUCGCUCGAGCAUGCGGGUCUUUUGCUGGGCACUACCUCCAAUUGGGCAAAUGCGUUCAUACCCAUGUGAUAAAAUCGGGGUUUCUACCUAAUGUCGUCGUUGAAACGGCUUUCUUGGAUAUGUAUGCGAAAUGUGGUGAUAUCGAGUUCUCUCAUAAGGUGUUCGACGAAAUGCCGCAAAGAAAUUCAAUAUCUUGGAAUGCUAUGAUUGCGGGCUAUGUUCAAAAUGGGAUGGAAGCUCUUGGUUUGCAUUUGUUCUAUCGGAUGAAAUGUCUGGACUGCCAAAUACCGGAUGAGUUUGCAGUGUCAACAGUAUUGGCAGCUUGUGCGGGGAUUAAUGAUAUGGAUUUUGGCAUGCAAGUUCAUGGUUAUCUUCUUACUGUUGGUUUUGAGUCAGAAUGUGCUUAUACACUCUGUAAUAUGUACUUUCGAUGUGGUGAGAUGUCUUGUUCAGAGAAGGCUUUAAGUGAAAUAAAAGAAAAUGUAAUCUCAAGGCUUAUGAUGAUCAAAGGAUAUGUCUUCAAUGGCAGAUACUAUGAUGCGAUAAUGCAUGUUGUUCAGGACAGUAAUUUCAUUGAAAUUGCAACAAUGGAUCAUAGUGUGGUUGUCUCCAUCCUCACUGCAUGCGCAAAUCUCUCGUUGCGUAGAGUUGGAAAGCAGGUGCAUUGUCUUAUCAUUACUUUCAUUGGUUCCCACCUGAAUUGGGUUUCAGAUGAGAAAGAUCUUUCCAUUGUUGGAAGUGCUUUAAUUGACAUGUACUGCAAGUGCUCAAGCGUCAGAGAAGCUCGCCAAGCUUUUGAUUGGUUUCACCCUGCCCAGCAUAUUUCUCAUUGGAAUGCAAUGAUCACAGGUUAUAUACAUGCUGGAUUGCUAGAAGAUGCUAGGAAGUGUUUUGGAGAGAUGCCUAAGAGAGAUCUAAUUUCAUGGACAACAAUGAUUUCAGGAUAUGUGCAGCAUGGGUUGCCUCAACAAGGACUAACUCUGUUAACUAAGAUGUACAACAACGAAGAUGGGCUUAUGAUGGAAGGUAACUGCUUCACUUUUUCCACUGCUCUUGAAGCAUGUACUCUGUUGUCAGCAUUGGGGGCAGGAAAACAAAUACAUGUAAAAUUGAUUCGGUCGGGAGUCAAUAUUGACAUCAAUAAUGUGGUCGUUGGGACAGCUUUAAUCAACAUGUACUCGAAGUCUGGUAGUUUAAAUUAUGCACAGAAAGUAUUUGACCGGCUGUUGGAAAAGAAUGUAAUCGCAUGGACAUCGAUGAUAACUGGCUAUGCCAUUCAUGGUAUUGGUUCACAGGCCCUUGAGCUUUUCCAGCAAAUGUUAGAAAUAGGUGUGAAACCAAAUGAAGUCACAUUUAUUUCAGUUUUAACGGCUUGUAGCCAUUGUGGUUUUGUCGAGGAAGGGAUAGGAUACUUCAAACUAAUGAAGGACAAAUAUGGGAUACUCCCAAGAGCCGAUCAUUAUACUUGUGUGAUUGAUUUGUUGGGAAGAGCUGGGAGGCUCACUGAAGCUUGGAGCUUAUUGGAGGAAAUUGGGAAUGGAGACAUUAAUGAUGAUUCCGGUGAAACAAUAUGGGGUGCAUUUCUGGGGGCUUGCAGGUUGCAUGGAGAUCUGGAAAUGGGGAGCAGGGCGGCUCAGAAGAUGCUCAAGAAGAAGCAACAGGUUUCUUCAACCUACAUUACACUUUCUAAUGUUUAUGCUGCAGCAGGUUUGUGGGAUGAAGCAUUCAAGGUUAGAGAGAAAUGGAGGAGAGAAGGUACCAUACCUGGUGAUCCUGGGGGUAGCCAAAUUCAUGUACAGCUUGGUGCAGCAUGAUCCUGUAACUAUGGAGUGUAUGGUUGUAGUUUAUAAGCCAGAUGUAUUCAGAGAAUACACCAUAGUAACAGGCCCCAUAGAUUUCCCUACGACUCCGUUUGUUUCGGUGUAAAAGGGUCGGUAAAACAAAUUUUAGAGAUUUUCCAACGUUUGUUUUGUAACUUGGAAAAGGAAAAUUUUCCCAAAACCUUGGUAUUUACCGGAAAAUAGCCUGACAAAUUUUACCCCUAAAAUGGGUGCAAUCAAACCUGUAAAACAAUUAUUCUCUUCCCCGAUAAAAUCGACUUGCUCACGUUUUCUCCAAAAAUCAAAAGAAGCUGUGAGCGUCCCUCUCUUCCCCAACAAAACCGACCUAUUGGAAGUUGUGAGCAUCGUCUUUAGGAGCAGAGACCAUGGCAGUCUCUCGAUGGCGACCAGCUGGAAGACGAAGUUAGGCUCUUAUUGACUUACCAGUGGAAAUGAGUUGGGCAGAGAGAUCCUCCUAUAGUUCGAGAAUUGGUCGUCCACUUUUCUCUUUUUAAUGGAAGAAAUAGAAGCUCGAGAAGGAAUACCAAAACCUAGUUCACUCACUGAGAUUGACGGUUCAUGCAGGAAAGGUACAAAGUUGGACUAAUUUGGAAACAUUGGGCAAUUUUCUUUGUACCUACUAUUCCGUUUGGUUUUUAGUUCCUAGUCUUAUUUUAUUAGUAGCCAUAGUAGCCAUAGUGCAGACUAAAAGUGCUCUCCAAUUCCAUUUUGUAUUGUUAUCCCUCACCAUGAUGUUGGAAUUGUGCUCUAACUAGUCAUUAUUAACUCUGGAAACUCUAUAAAAAGAUUGGAGAUGAAUGGAUUUAGGGCUUCGGGGAGGAUAUAUGUGUUAGUCUGGCACCACCCAUCCACUCCCCAAAUAACUUCCUGUUUGUGACAUAUCAUGUCAAAGGGAUCACACUAUUGGUUAAUGAUGCAUGCAUAAGGGAUUAGAACAUGCAAGGAAAGAUCAAAACGAGAAAACUAAUCCAUUGGUACAGAUAACAGAUGGUAACUAUUGGCUAGCUGAAAUUUAGGCAAAUGUGUAUUUUAAAUUGUUGUGGAUUAUUAUUAUACAUUUCGAGUUUUAUCUGUAUAUCAAACCAAUAGUUCCAGAUGAAUAGAUAUAUGGACACUCUUCCACGCAAAUUGCAAAUAUUGAGAGUAGAAAGAAAAUCCAACAGUUAUGUCAUUGAGAAUGCAAAAAAUGUUAAAGUAAACUACAGUGAAACAUAAUGCAAUUCCUAUUUUCCCCCUUUAACUAAUGGUUAGUGAUAUUAGACGCAUUGUUCAAGAUUACUUCAAGGUAAUGAAAAUCAUAUUAGAUAACAGAAACGGUGUGUGGAGGCAGUAAAAGCCUGUGGGCACACCAAUCAGCAUGGGGUUUGACUUCACCUCCCACUACUUUGUUCUUCCUUCAUUGCUGAUCAUGGUCUAAACUCCCACACCGCUUUCCCCUUUAUUUUGUUUUUUCCACAAUGGGUUCUUUUGCACAUUAUAUAAUGUUUCUUACCCCAACUGGGGCAAACUAUUAAGGUUUUGAAGGUGAAUAAAUGGAACAUGUGAAACAGUCUUUUUUUUCUUGCUGUUAAUUGAUCCAAUUUUCUUGUUGUCAUGUGUUUCUCUGUUAUAGUUUAACUGGAGCAAGCAACAUUGUCACACUCUUAUUAGGGAACAAAGAUCUGUCUUUUUGUCAGAAGUAUGACCACCAAACUUAUUGGCCAACAAGUUGUAAGAAUUGGGGUCAUGCGAAGUUUUCUUAUUUUGUGAUUGGUGGAUGUUUUGCAAACUUUCUUAUGCUUUGUUUCUCUGUCAUUAGAGUCAGGUGCUCGUAUUUUUCCUGGAUUUCUCCCUUGCACUGUUGAUCCCUUCUGCUUUGCUCGUCCCAAGCGAAGUUUUGAGCUUACAACAUGUCCUUACGUCUUUCAACUCUGCAUGGUGAUUGCUUGAGUUUAUGAGAGGACCAGGCUGAUACCGAUACAUUGAUGUAAAACCUAGUGCUGAACAGCAUCUCUAGUUUCAAAUUGUUAGUAGACAAUAUUGCUUGUUAAUGAUGGGGACCAAUUAUAUAUUCCCCAUUAAUAGAUCUAGCUAAAUGUGCAAGAUAGCUGAUCUGAGUUUGUGAUGGUGAGACCUGAGUUCUCCUUCUUCAUGCUGGAUUUCUUAGUAAAUUACUUCCUUUUAUAUAUUUGCUUGAUAUAGAGUUUGAUAUAUGAUGUGACCCUUUCACAUUGUAUUUUACAAGCACUGGAAAAUAUUUCAACAAGGAAAAUUUUGCGCCGAAAAUGGAGCCUACAGAAAAUUUCUCUUGUGAUUAGGUUCUAUUUGAAUGUAAAUUAUUGAUUCAGUUGAAUAGUCAAUUAGGAUAGUAACAAUGUACAUCAACAUUGUAGAACAACUUGCAGAGAAUUGAGGAAUUUGCUAUGGAGUCAUUAAAUUUUUCUUGGCAUUUGAUGGAUCAGGUAGUGACAUCUUAAUUAUUAACCGCGGGAAAUUCAUCUACGUCCCAUCAUAAUUUUAUCGUGUUUCUAUUUCUUUGUUUAAAAUAUUUGUGUUUAAAUUUUGAUUCUCUAAUGAAAAUAAAUGGAUGGAGCUCCAUUACAAAUUCCCCAAACGAGAAGGGCUCCGUAUACAAAAACGUAGUAAGUACAGUCAAUAUAGUUGAUAAGCAGUUAAAAACAGCUAACAGAUUGAUCAACAUCCAAUAUGAAAUCAUGAACAUCCAAAAGUUUCGAAGUCCUAUAAAUUUUCAAGUGUAGGGGAAGCAUCAACUAAUGGAAGCAGUAGAGAAGCAUACCAAGAUUCAUGCAAAUGCAAUAAGAUCGCCUUAAUGAGUGGAUUCUUUACAUGUUAAUAGUCUUUCCCUCACUCAAUAUCUUUUGAGGUUGAAAUCAUGCUGCUAUGUUACCCUUAAUUCCUGGUAACUGCAACAACAACAAUCAUAACCUUAUCCUAACUAAAUGGGGUCAGAUACAUGGAUACAACAACAACAACAACAACAACAACUCAGCCUAUAUGGGGUUAAAAUGAGCUAAAUGGAAAUAAAAUGAGGUAAAGCAGUAGUUAAAGAAGCAUCAUGAGAACAUCCCCUAUAUGGGGUCAGUAACAUGGUUGCUAGUCCUCUACAAAACUCUAUCCGUAGUCAUAAUAGAAUCGAGUCCUACCAUAUGCAUAUCUUUUCGUACCACUUCGUCAAUAGUCAUAUUAAGCCUGCCCCUACCUCUUCCGGCUCCCUCUAAUUGAAUAUGGUCACUCUUUCUUAGUGGGGCAUCCAUAGUUCUAUAUUGAACAUGGCCAUACCACCUUGACCGGCUUUCAUGGAACUUGUCCUGGAUUGGUGCAACCCCAAAAUUGUUUAUAAUACAAUCAUUCCUUACUCUUUCCCCUAGUCUUGCCACACAACUCUCUUAACAUUCUCAUUCCACUGCACUCAGUAUAUUCAAAUUACUCUCCUUAACUGCCCAACACUCCACUCCGUAUUUCAUAGUUGAUCGUAUAACUGUCUUAUAGAAUUUUCCUUUGAGUUUAAUAGGCAUUCUCUUGUCACAUAACACUUCGGACGCACCUCGCCAUUUCAUCCAUCCCACUUUAAUCCGGUGGACAACAUCAUCCUCAAUAUCCCCCUCUUUGUUGAUGAUAGAACCUAGAUAUUUAAAAUAGUCACUCUGGGGUAGCUCCCAUUCCCCAAGUUUCACUACUCCGUCCCCUCCUCUAGAUUGGCUAAAGGGGCACAUCAUAUACUCUGUCUUUGGCUGAUCAUAUAACCUUUUGAUUCCAAGCUUGAUCUCUAUAGCUCUAGUUAAGUAUUAAUCCCUUCUACUGUUUCAUCUGUCAGAAUUGUAUCAUCAGCGAACACCAUACACCACGGAACUGAUCUUGUAUGUGCCUAGUUAAAUCAUCCAUUAUAAGUGCAAACGAAUAAGGACUUAGAGCUGAUCCUUGGUGUAACCCUUAAUUCUUGGUGAAAGUAAAAAAUAGUAUUGAAGGACUGGUAGAACCAGGUUUAGAGAACUUUAGGCUCAUCAUGAUCUUCGCACCAGUCAAAUGAAAAAAAAAAAAAUCAGAAUAUGGAACUAACAAAUAUUUGGUAAUUUUGAGGAAAGAAGAGAAGGGUCAGGCAGGAACUAACCUUCUUGACGAGAUAGAGGAAGAUAGAUAUUUGGGUGGGAAGUAGAUGGAUGAAACAUUUAAACUGAUGUGUGGAUAUCUAGUUGCUAAAAUUAAAAAAUAUGUUUGGGAGAAAAUUCCCGAUCACAAAUUGGUAAAGGAAGAGGGACAAUACUAGAUAUAUCCAUUGAUGUUAUCGGCUGUUCGUGAAGCCAUGGUGGACAGUGACAUGGUUUUGACCUUUUAGGGCAUCUUAUUUUUUCCUUUCUCAGUGUACAUACAUGUAGAUCUGUUAAGACCAUAUUCUCGAGUCUUUAUAUUUUGGGCCCUUUACACUUAUUGUUUUCUCUUUUUGUCGUGUAUGCAUAUUUUCCAAUCUGCACAGUUAUAGGAGAACUGCAUUUAUGUUUAUGUAAGGAUUGCAUUAUCUCUUCAUAACUUCUUUUUCCUAGACAUUAUGGAUCAAUUUGUUUGGAACAUUGAAAUAGUAGAAACUGAAAUAGCCGGAGAAUUUUUUGAGGAGAAAGUAAAAUCCUUUCCAACUUCCCAAAUUUUUGCUAGUUGUGUUAGGAUUUUCUUGUGUUUUUCCAGAAUAGAAUGAUAUGCACAGUGGGGUGCUGAUCAAGCAUAUAAUAUCCCAAAAAAUCAAUUGCUGAAAAUUAAAAAACAGCAGCACCUGUGUCCUGUAUUUUUGCUUUUUGGCCUGUAUAUAAUGAAAAAAUUUGGUGGAUAAAAAGGAAUUCCACUCAAAUAAUAAGAGGGUUUAGUGGAAUGCUACAAACUUGCUUGACCUAAUUAAUCUAGCAUUUCAGAUGUAUCUCCCAAUUUUGGUGGUGCUAUAUCUCAGCGCAUCCCUGAUUGAUUACUUUACAGCUUUGAAACUCUAUAGCCUAUGGAUUUAACUUCUGGGAAGAUCAAAGCGGUUGUCAAAGGUUUGGGUUUACCUCAAAUUUUUCUUGCACUCUUAUUAUCUAUUUUUAGCCAAAAUAUAGUCUUUUAAUUUUCUGAAGGGUUUCCAAAUAUUUUGAAGAUCUGCUGGGAGAUGAUCAUGGAGAAAGGGUCGAUUUUGAAACAGAUGCUUCAUAGUUGUUUGCAGCAGAAAAUUGAUCAUAAUUGUUCAUUAGAUGGACUUCCAUAUUGCAGCCUAAUAUCAUCACUUGCUACCUUUCAGAAUAGCAUAGUAUUUUGUGACACAGUUAAAUAAGCUCUCAAUGGGUUCUUUACCUUUGCACUUAAGUAUAUACUUCUUGUACUUCAUCGAGGUAUUUGUUUCUGAUGAGUUUCAUAUGUUGAUGAAGUUGGUCAGAGGGUUUUGAAACUUGAUAGAGGAUCUGGGAUCAUCUCAAACCUCCAAUUUUCUGACUUUGGUAUCCUUGGAUUACCAUAUUGGUUGUCUUUCCCUUUGGAACAUGUUUUUGUUCGGUGAGUAUUCUGGAAAGUGCAAUUGAGUCCAUAACUGUUUGAUUUUUGUUCACCCCUCCAAUGUUAACAGGGCUUGUGCAAAUCAGGGAGCCAAAGUUGAUCAUUUCCAGUUUUUUAGUGUGCUUCCAGGUAAUUGACCAUCUACAGCCUGACGUUUUCUGAUCUCAUGCUCUUAUCUGAAUAUUAUGGUCGCUAUGGAUUUUGUCGAUCAUUGUUUCACUGGGUACUUCUUCCUUGAGAGGGAAAGUCUAACUCCUUCAGUAACCGUGUUUCAGUACUUGAUAUUUGACAAUUGAAAAACUUGUCCCUUUUUUUAAGGCUGGAGAAAACUGAUCAAUGUUUGAAAAACUAGGCCUGACUUCAAUCCAUUUUGGUACCCAAUUUCAGAUUUUUUCCAGCUUAACGAUUGGUUUCUGCCAAUACAUGAGGAACUUUUUAAGUAGCUGUGUUUUAACCCAGUUCAACCAGCUGUUUGGUUUUUAAAACCAUGGGUCAGACAAAAUGGUCUCAUGCUCGUUUUCACAUGCUCCUUCUUGAGUGAACUCUAAGGUGUCUUUUACCCUUCAAAUAAAAAGGAAAUUCCAGUGCUUUUUUGCUUCAAAUCAGAUUGCUGUCUGUCCAAGAGACCUUUUUUUUCUUUUUUCAACAAGAAGGAAAGUGUAAUUUCUUUUUUUUUCAAAGCAGAUUGGUAUAUAACCAAGAGCCAUGCUACCCUAUUUAAGUACCAGCAUAGUUCCUCUACUGAAUUGUUCUCAUUUGAUAUUCUUCAUUUUCCUCUACGUCUUUUGGUUUUCUUUGGUAACACUUGGCUGAGUGGAGCUCUAGAAGACAAGUGCAUGCCUCUUUACUUGAUGCCGCAAAACUAUUUAAUCAAUCCUGUUCAGGUUUCAAUUAUUGAUGAACAGGCAAGGGUGAUAUAGCUGUGACCAGAGGAUUCUAUUCUCGUAGAACCAUUGCAAGAAGGUUGUAUCUGGCAACAAGCAAGAGGAUUUGCUGCUGAAAUCUCUGGUUCGGAUAGUGUUGCGAUAUCCUCAGAGAAGGUUUCCCUUUGCUGGGAAAAUUCUUCUUUUUAUUUUUAUCAUUCAUGUUCUAUAGGUGAAGGAUAAAUAUAUUGAUAAAUAGAACAGCUACAACCUCAUAAUUACUCUUAGAAAUUUUUUUCCGUGGAAUCAAUUUAGUUUGACAGAGAAUCCCUCCCAAAUGUUGCUUAGCUGCCUGAAUUUCAUCUGCCUCAAUAGGUAUUCACUUGAACAAGAUGUUCAAGGGCUACAUGUGGAAGGUUUCCCUAAUAUUAUCAGAUAGUCUUAAAAGUGCUAUGCUUUUUCUUAUCCUUCAGAAAAUUCUUAAGAGUCUCGUGGAAUUAGAUAUGAGGUUUGACUCAUUGGCAAGCCUCAACUGGAAAAUGGCAGGAGUUAAUGCCCUGUCUUAAUUUCUCAUUGAUAGCCUGAAAACACAAAACUGACAUCAUCAAAGAUGUUUCACGCCCGACUGACCUUCAUUCUGAUUGAGCAUCCCUCAGAGUUCAACUUAAUGUCAUCAUCAUUGGAUUUAAUCCACAUGCUCAGAUUAGUGGAAGACACUGAAGUCCAGGGCACUGAUACUGUUUCUUGCAGAAUGUAGUUAGGAUUGGCACCCUUUUAAACCAUGGCCCAAUUUUGUAAUUGUGAAAUGAUGACCUAUUGAUGUUUUUUGGUUUCAUUCCGUAGUUUGCAUUGUUUGCUUGAGAGCCCCAGCAAGAAAAUGCCUACUGUAUAUAAAGACGAUCUGUAUCUCAACCUAAAGAAGUAAGGGUGCUCGUAGAUCAGCUCACAAAGCUCACUUGAAUCAAAAGCUCCUAAUUUUCAAAUAAUCUGCUAUUCAUCUCAGCCUACAAGUGCCAACAAACUCCUUGUGACAUAUCGCAGGAUAUUCUCUUUUUCCGAACAGAAAUGAGCUUCUUUUAAAAUAUAGUGGAUCACAUCCAAUGGUAGCCUAACCACCCAGACCAUAUUCAAGAAAUUGAUCAUGUUAUAAGCUACCUUGAUAUAAAAAGUGGUGGUUAGUUGAUUCCUAUAUUUGUCAGAUAAUCCAAGUAUGGGAUGGGUAACUUACCUUUUCUUAUCUGCAGAAGUUUUACUGAACUUGUAAUAGUAUCUGAAGAGCUUAGUUUUGGGUGUUUUCAGGUUGGUGUUGCUCUGCAGUGGUUUGACGAGUUGGAUAAUCUUGCCUUUUUCAGAAUUAAGUGUCCAUAACGAGAACAGAACUCGGACAGAAACUUUGAAGAAGCAGCCACUGUGCACAUUAAUUCUGCUGUCAACUCCUGGAACUAGUGAGGUAUACAUAUACAUGUGAAUCCUUAGAGGUUGCAAUGUCUUUGAAGUGGCUAUGUAAUUGCCAAAUAGGAUUCAUGAAUGAUAUUGCCUUCUUGUUUUACAGUGCAGAUAAGAACCAGAAAGUGAAACAACUAUGGUAGGAAAUGAUGUGUGAAAAAUGACAAUAGUUAUCUUGGGAAAUGCUUUUCUGCACCUAUAAUAUAACAAUAUGAUUUUGCUUA